GUUUCCUUACCCCCGUCCCCCGCAACCUUAUCCCGCCCCUGGGGGUUCGUGCGCAUUUUUCAGGAACUUUCUUUCCGGCUUGAGAAGCCGCCACUCCCAAGAUGGAGGUACGUUGCGCCGCCAUUAAGAGCUAGCCCUCAGAACCAUCCUAAGGCUUCACAGUCCUGCCCAAGAUGGCCGUCUCGGCUUUGGCACCGCCCCUACUCCUGACUCUCCCAACAUGGCUACCCUGACUCCCCGUUCGCGGUGCGGGACAUACGACCGGAAGUGACGGGUCCAGACAGUUCCGCUUUCUUUCUGCAGCAGGAACCGUGGCUGCCGGUCAAGAGGGGCGCGGUGGAUACUGACCUUUGCUCCGGCCCCGUCGUGAAGACACAGCGCGUCUUCCCGCUGUCAGCUUCCUCCCACAGAACCCGUUUCGGGCCUCAGAGCCUCUGGCGAGAUGCUGCUGCCGCUCCUUCUGCUGCUACCCAUGUGCUGGGCCGUGGAGGUCAAGAGGCCCCGGGGCGUCUCCCUCACCAAUCAUCACUUCUAUGAUGAGUCCAAGCCUUUCACCUGCCUGGACGGUUCGGCCACCAUCCCAUUCGAUCAGGUCAACGAUGACUAUUGCGACUGCAAAGAUGGCUCUGACGAGCCAGGCACGGCUGCCUGUCCUAACGGCAGCUUCCACUGCACCAACACUGGCUAUAAGCCCCUGUAUAUCCCCUCCAACCGGGUCAACGAUGGUGUUUGUGACUGCUGCGAUGGAACAGACGAGUACAACAGCGGCAUCGUCUGUGAGAACACCUGCAAAGAGAAGGGCCGUAAGGAGAGGGAGUCCCUUCAGCAGAUGGCCGAGGUCACCCGCGAGGGGUUCCGCCUGAAGAAGAUCCUUAUUGAGGACUGGAAGAAGGCGCGGGAGGAGAAGCAGAAAAAGCUCACUGAGCUCCAGGCUGGGAAGAAGUCUCUGGAGGACCAGGUGGAGAUGCUGCGGACAGUGAAGGAAGAAGCCGAGAAGCCAGAGAAAGAGGCCAAAGAACAGCACCAGAAGCUGUGGGAAGAGCAGCUGGCUGCCGCCAAGGUCCAACGGGAGCAGGAGCUGGCGGCUGAUGCCUUCCAGGAGCUGGAUGACGACAUGGACGGGACGGUCUCAGUGACCGAGCUGCAGACUCAUCCAGAGCUCGACACAGAUGGGGACGGGGCGUUGUCGGAAGCAGAAGCUCAGGCCCUCCUCAGUGGGGACACACAGACAGACGCCACCUCUUUCUUCGACCGCGUCUGGGCCGCCAUCAGGGACAAGUACCGGUCCGAGGCACUGCCCACUGACCUUCCAGCACCUUCUGCCCCUGACUUGACGGAGCCCAAGGAGGAGCAGCCACCAGUGCCCUCGCCACCCACAGAAGAGGAGGAGGAGGAGGAGGAAGAAGAGGAGGCUGAAGAAGAAGAGGAGGAGGAGGAGGAUUCCGAGGAGGCCCUGCUGCCACUGGCACCCCCGCAGCCGGCCAGCCCUGCCGAGGAAGACAAGAUGCCGCCGUACGACGAGCAGACACAGGCCUUCAUCGAUGCUGCCCAGGAGGCCCGCAACAAGUUCGAGGAGGCCGAGCGGUCGCUGAAGGACGUGGAGGAGUCCAUCAGGAACCUGGAGCAAGAGAUUUCUUUUGACUUUGGCCCCAACGGGGAGUUUGCCUACCUGUACAGCCAGUGCUACGAGCUCACCACCAACGAGUAUGUCUACCGCCUCUGCCCCUUCAAGCUUGUCUCGCAGAAACCCAAACUUGGGGGCUCUCCCACCAGCCUCGGCACCUGGGGCUCCUGGGCUGGCCCCGAGCACGACAGGUUCAGUGCCAUGAAGUAUGAGCAAGGCACGGGCUGCUGGCAGGGCCCCAACCGCUCCACCACCGUGCGCCUCCUAUGCGGGAAAGAGACCAUGGUGACCAGCACCACGGAGCCCAGUCGCUGUGAGUACCUCAUGGAGCUGAUGACGCCGGCCGCCUGCCUGGAGCCACCGCCUGAAGCACCCACCGAAGACGACCAUGACGAGCUCUAGCUGGAUGGGCGCAGAGGUGGGCGGGGAGGUGGAGUCUCAGCCUGCCCCAGCAAGGGGAGGCGGCGGGCCCUGAGGAAGUUGGACCCACAUGGUCACUCUAUCAACCUGUGUGCCCGUGUCCCGUGCUUUUUUUUUUUUUUUUUUUUGAGGUGGAGUCUCACUCUUUUGCCCUGGCUGGAGUGCAGUGACGCAAUCUCAGCUCCCUGCAACCUCCACCUCCCGGGUUCAAAAAAUUCUCCUGUCUCAGCCUUCUAAGUAGUUGGGACUACAGGCAUGCACCACCACGCCUGGUUAAUUUUUGUAUUUUUAGUAGACAGGGUUUCAUCAUGUUAGCCAGGAUGGUCUCGAACUCCUGACCUCAGAUGAUCCACCUGCCUCGGCCUCCCAAAAUGCUGGGGUUAUAGGUAUGAACCACCGUGUCCGGCCAUCCCCUGCUUUUUAAAAGAAGGUUUUGUUUUGUUUUGUUUUGUUUUUUUACUUUUGAAAACAAAUAGGCCAGGCGUGGUGGCUCACAUCUCUAAUCCCAGCACUUUGGGAGGCUGAGGCGGGCGGAUCACUUGAGGUCAGGAGUUUGAGACCAGCCUGACCAACAUGGUGAAACCCCGUCUCUACUAAAAAUACAAAAAAAUUCGCUGGGUGUGGUGGUAGGUGCCUGUAGUCCCAGCUGCUCGAGAAGCUGAAGCACAAGAAUCACUUGAAUCUGGGAGGUGGAGGUUGGAGGUGGAGCCAAGAUCAUGCUAGUGCACUCUUCAGCCUGGGUUACAGAGUGAGACUCUUUAAAAAAAAAAAAAAAAAAAAAAAAAAAGGAGAAAAUGGACAAAGUCUCCAGGCUGGUCAACUCCUGGCUUCAAGUGAUCUUCCCACCUCAGCCUCCCAAGCAGCCGGGCCCACAGGCAAACACCACUGUGCCCGGCUGUCCCCAGCUUUCUAAUCUGGUCUUUCUCCUGCCCCAGAACCUCAAGAAGGCAUGAAGCCAGCCCCUGCAGUGCCGUCCACCCGCCCCGUGUCCGGGGCUGCCUGUGGCUCUGUUGCCCUCCUCUGUGGGGGCAGGACUUUGUGGGGCUUCGUGCCCUGUCCUGGGGCCCAAGCAAUGCUGGUCCACAUUCCCAGGCCCCAGCGGCCUCCAAAGAUGGGUAAAGGAGCUUGCCCUCCCUGGGCCCCCCACCUUGGUGACUCACCCCACCACCCCUAGCCCUGUCCCUGCCACUCCUCCUGGUGGGGACCAGUGAAUGACUUGACCUGUGACCUCAAUACAAUAAAUGUGACCCCCCACCCAAA